AUGGAGCGCUUUUUCGUGCCCGGGUCGCGCAUGGCCAUGCAACGGCUACGCACUGGGCCUUGUUUUGGAGCCUGGAAGCCUUGGGGAGCCUGGGACGGCCAGUCUCAGUGCACGGGCCACACGGGCCACACGGGCCACGCAGAGCCGGGCCAGGAGAGCUUUGCGUCCUACAGUUGGCUCAUCCGUGGGCGGCUGGGCUUGGAGCCCUUGCUCCGGGCAGAACUGCAGCAGAUGCAGCGGAGUCAGCCCUUACCGGGUCACGGUUCCGUGAUUUUGGGAAGUGCACCCUGCACCAGGAGGGCGUUUGAGUCACCUGAGGGUUUGGAGGCCGAAGGGCUUGUGGAAGUCCUGGGCCCCUGGGAUGUGUUGUAUUGGACCUUGGGAUGCAGGCUGGCUCAGAGCAUCUGGGUUCGGGUUGGCGAGCCUUUUGACUGCGAGACACCGCAGGCACUGGAGGAGGCUCUUCAGGAAGUUCCUUGGGACCACUUCGUAGGUCCAAACCAACUGCUUCGGACUGUUGCUUGGGAGCGCGAAAGCCGCCUCAAUGCCGGGGAGCUCUUGUCUGCUCUUGCAGCGGCGCGGCGAGCCGAGCGAGCCGAGCCACAUGCCGGAGGCCCCGAAAGCAGUCUCUGCCUCCGCGCCGUGCUCUUCCGAAACCGCUGCUCGCUGGAGCUGCUCUGUGCCUCCCGCCUGGGCCUCCGCGAAGUGCACCGGAGUGCGGAGCGAGCGGAGCGGGCGGAGCGGCGAGCGGAAAGGCCCCCCACCGCUCCCGCCGCGUGGACGCUUGCAUCGGCAAUAAACAAGUCCAGCGAAGCUGAGAGCGCCAGGAAGGCGCCGGAUUUGGAUGGCACCUUCGUCGCUGCCCUCGUGUCGCAGCUGCAGCUCUCAGAUGGCAUGGUUGUGUGGGACCCGUUCUGUGGGAACGGGCAGGUUCUCUUGGAGCUCUUGUCGGCCACGCUGCAGCUUCCACCGGUGAAAGCCAUGGACCGGCUUCCCUGCUCCAAGCUGCGGCCGGCUUUGCAAGUCGAAGAGGUUCGGACCCCUGAAAGCAGUUCCCCGCCGCGGGCGCCUCAAGGCUUGACCUUGGUGGGUUCCGACCGGAGCAUCUCGGUCAUCCAAGAAGCGCGAAAGCGAUUGCUCCACUUCUGCGACUUCUACAGACUGGAGCUGCAGAAGCUUCAGCGGAAGCUGCGGAACCGGAAAGCCGAGCCUCAGGCCAUGCUCCAGGCCACGCCUCAGGCCAUGCCCAGACUGCUGCAUGGUCCCACCAUCCUGGAGACGCAGCCGCCAAGACCUGCCGCUGAAAGCUCCCAGAGACGAUCCAAGAAAGCUCUGAAGCCGGACACCAGUCUUGGCGAAGGCGAGAGAUCUACGGAAUCUACGGCAAGCACCUUCUCCUCGAGCGAAGAGGGUCUUCCUUUGGAUCUCGAGGUCUCCUUGAACGCUUGCAGCUUCGAGGAGAUCGCACCUUUUCUUUGUGGGUGUGUGAUCGUCACGCGCGUGCCUUCCGAGGCUCGAGGCUUGGGCCCGACGGCGCGGACAGCUUUGCUCUACCGGCGCUUCGGAUCCUUCCUCGCCGGUCGGCAAAUGCUAAAAGGGGCUUACGUUCUUUCCGACUCCCCCGUCUUUCGACGACAGACGGGGCUCCAGUGGCAAAGCUUGUGCCGCUUCCGAGGCGCCAGCGGCCGUGUCUGGCAGCUCCUGCACUGGGCACCUUGGGCCAAAGGCCUCCCCAAAGGGGCCAAAGCGACGGAAGAGAAGUCUCCGUCGGGAUCGGACCUGCAGCCAGAGCGCCGGCCGCGAAACCGAAGCUGGGAGCGUGCGCCGCGCCGCGGCCAAAGAAAGCCCCGCUUCUUCCCCCGCACCGGCCACGAGCACAACACCUGA